CAGGCAGUGUUAUUGUCGCUCAGAGAGAGAGAGAGAGAGAGGAGAGAGGGACUCGUGUGCCUUUUCUGGGAAUUCAAUCUGAGUUGCAGAGAACUGGCAUUUUCCUCACUGCCUUCGGAGAAAGAUGAAUGUCAACGUGGACUUGGUGGCUCGGACAGUCCAGGUCGACAACCGGAUUCCUCUCCGUAAUUACUAUCGGAUCGCCGAUAAUCUUCUCAAACAGGCUAGUAUCUAUCGGGAGGAGAAGAAUGUUGUAGAUUUGUAUAUCAUGCUUCUUAGAUAUUCGAGUUUGGUGUCUGAAACUAUACCAUUUCAUCGAGAUUACCAGGUUCUGCUUCCAAAAGAAAGAACACAACAUAAGAAGAGAUUGUCAUCAGUGCUGGAUGAGGCUGAAUCUUUGAAGCCAGAGUACCUGUGUCGAGUGGAUGAACUGAAAAAGGCCCAUUCUGGAUCCAGAUUGCCUCAACUUGAUGGCCCAGAAUCAACUUCACGUGGCUCAGACACAUCUCUAGAGUGGGCUGCUGUCAAUAGAAAUUCUUACUUGAGCAUUGACAUGAAGCAGUAUGCUAGUGUGGCACCUCAGUCUUCAUGGAAAUAUAACAAUCAUCGUCCUCAAGGUUUAUCAUCAAAUUCCAUGCAAAUUGAGCAGCAGUUCCAAAAUCUAUCAUUUAGUUUACCUCCUCCGAAGAAGGAAACUUUAUCUAGACACUCUUUCUUUGGUCCAAACGGUCUUCGGGGACAGUGGCUAGGACCUAGUGCAGAAACAAAGGUUCAAUAUCCAAACAACAUGGACUUAAACCCUACAGAAACUUCAGGUCUGAAUCAGGCUGGCCAAUGUGAUCUUGUGGCAGCAAAAGAUGGCAAUCCCACUGGAAACAGAUAUACAAUGGAGUCAGUGCUCUCCUUGGAUGAUGGUAGAUGGUCACGUCCUACUGAGUCAUGCUCUCUGUUGAUCAAUGAAUCAAGGGAAGAUCCUUUCCAGUUGUUCAAGCAACCUUCCAUUCCUCCUGUCCUUGCUCAACUGCAGCAGGACGUCACUCCAAUUCCUCCCUCAAAAGUUGCUGAUCCAAGACCUGGACCAGCUAAAUCUUCUCAGGAUGGGAUGCCGAAUUCUGAGUCAUAUCAACAUCUACACAUUCCUGUAAAAAUGAUGGAAGAUUUCUUGAGGUUAGCUCGGGCAAACACUCAAAAGAAUUUGGAGACAUGUGGUGUUCUUGCGGGUUUGCUGAAAAACAAGGUUUUUCACAUCACUUCGCUUAUAAUCCCAAAGCAAGAGUCAACUGCCGAUUCGUGUCAGACUUUGAAUGAGGAAGAAAUAUUUGAAGUUCAAGACAAAUUAUCGCUCUUUCAGCUUGGUUGGAUCCACACACACCCAUCACAGACCUGCUUCAUGUCAUCAGUAGAUCUGCACACUCAUUACUCCUACCAGGUUAUGCUACCAGAAGCAAUUGCGAUUGUUAUGGCCCCUACAGAUACUUCGAGUCCACAUGGCAUAUUUCAUCUCUCUGAUCCAGCCGGUGUGUCCAUGAUUCGAAAUUGCCAACAGCGUGGCUUUCAUCCCCACGAAGAGACACCUGAUGGAAACCCAAUUUAUGAGCAUUGUUCACAUGUAUAUAUGAACCCGAAUUUGAAGUUUGACGUAGUCGAUCUUCGGUGAGACCGUGAUUUUUCAGUGCUGAUGAAGUUUUCUGAUUAAAGAUAUAGGAUGGAUAGAAUGCAGAUUCAUUUGUAUGUUCAACCGUUUGUGAGAAAGCACAAGUCGGUCUUUGAUUUUGUCAUUGAAGUGAUACAUGACUGGCAAA